CGCGCAUGCGUAUAUGAGUUGUUGAUGACGGGCUAGCUUCGUUAGCCAGGUAGAUUGGUUGACGUCGUCCGUGUAAUUUAUAACUGAUUACCAGCUUUUGAGUCAGUACGUUUGUCUGCUGUUGCCAAUCCUUCAUUAUUCCAACAUGCUACAGUUCCUGGCUGGCUUUACCUUGGGAAAUGUUGUUGGGAUGUACCUGGCUCAAAACUAUGACGUUCCCAAUAUAGCCAAGAAAAUCGACGCCUUUAAGAAAGACGUGGAGGCCAAGAAGAAGCCCCCAGAGUGAGCAAAGCGGGACCAUGUCGCAAGCAAGAACAGAUGCACUCUGGAGAGAUACUAUUUAUUUUACAUGGCUAUAAUACAAUGAGUGUACAUUUCAUAAAAUGAUUGAUAAUGUAAAAUAUGUAAGAAUAUUAACAGUGCCUGGAACCACAUUUGUUUCUAACCUUAGUUUUAUAGGCAUGUUCUCAUUGUAGCCUAUUUUUAUAAGAUAAAUUGUGCAAAGAGUGGAUUUAAAGAAUAUUACAACUGAGUAGUGGGAACACUUUAAGUCCAGUACCAUGGUACUGUUGGCUGCCCUUUUCUAGGAUGCACUGUGGUGUUUUAACUUGCACAUUACAUUCAUUAUCUUCACAUUAGGUGUAUAUAAUGUUCUUUAAAGUGAAUAUUAAGAGCAUUCAAUUGCUCUCUUCUGUUGUAUUCCACAAAGUUUAAAAAAGAUUCUUGACAAGCCUCCAGUGUACCCAACAACUGCCAAAUGUUGACAUUCAUGCAAACACAAUUCGGCUUACAAUAAAGUUGUCGAUUGUGAAUUUGAAA